AGACGUGAGUUGCUUUGUCACCGCCCUCUCGGGGACUUUGGGCAAAUCACUUAGCAAUCCUUUCCCUUCGAUGCCUGGUUGUGUCUUGCGGGCGGGGCAGCUGCAGAGAAGCCGGUAGCCGGACCGGAGAGCUGCGCGACCUGCCGGCGUGCGCGCCACGAAACUUCGGUCCCCAGCGAGGUGCGGGGACCCCCUGCGGGAGCACGGUGGCGCUCCCCUUCAUUCUCCGGCGUCACCGGGGGGCCUCGGCGCUGUCUCACUUCUGGCCGGGAAAGAGCGACUUCGGGACAGUGCGUGUGGCCGUGGAGCCUGGGAGCACCAGGGUGGCGCAACGGCGGGGACCUCCGGCCCGGGGCUCCCAGUUCCCCGGUAGGUCCGCUUAGCCACGUAGGCAACCGAGGGGCGCUGGGCGGCCGCGUGCGACUCCUCUCCUGCCCGCUACUGUCGCUUUCCCUCGGUGGAAACUUGAACUCCGUGUCUCUGUAGCUAUGGGGCGGGGGCGGCGCGAUCCGGAACUAAUUGGAUCUAGGCUUCUUAGCGGCGGAGCCCACGGGUCCCAGGGAGGUGGAGAGGACAGCGGGGCGACCGCAGUGAGCGCCCGGCAGAUGCCGCCGCUUCGCAGCUCCACGCAGUAGCCGAGUCGUGAGUGGGAUCCCGCGAAGUUCCCAGGUCCCGCGUGGGAGGCCUCCCCGGCUUCGGCUCCACGCGGGAUUUCUCCAAAGAGUGUCGAAGACAGAGGUUCUGGGAGAAUCAAGUUUCAGGUCGCGUGUCCCAGCUCGUGGCUUCUGCAGGGACAAGCUUCUUGCGUUUUAAGGUCAAGUUUUCCUGCGGCAGAGCCCGCCAGAAACCGUCCCCCGCAGUGAAGUGGCGGCGUCUCCCCUGAAGACUGAGAAUCUCUGGGGAACCCCAGCUUAAGGGAAGGGACCGCAGAGACCCCUUACGCACGUGGGCGUGCCUCCAAGUCUAUUGAGACCUGGAGAAUAUUGAGAUGGCAAAGGACCAUGGAACCAACAAGAAGCAAGUUAAAGCCGGAAUCACCUUUGGAUAACUUCUGAGUAAGGGCUGCCCUCCGUACCAUGUCAGUGUCAGGUGCUGAAUGUGGCUGGAGACGAAAAUAAGAGAAUCUGAGCCAUACACGUUACCCUCACCUGGAAUUCCAAGAUGGGGGAGGCUGAGGCAGGAGAAUUCAUGACCAGCUUGGGCUACAUAGAUCCAGAAUACUCCUGUAGGAAGAGGAAGAGGAAGAAGAAGAGGAGGAGGGAGGAAGAAGGAAGGAAGGAUCCACGGCUUGCCCUCGUGUGGGGAGGCAGAACAGAAUGAAGAUACUCAGAUGUUGCUUUAAAUACACUCUCCAGCAGAAAGUCUUCAUCCUCUUCUUAACCCUAUGGCUGUUCUCCUUGUUAAAGCUUCUAAAUGUGGGCAGGCUCCUCUUCCCUCAGAGGGACAUUUACUUGGUUGAAUACUCCCUGAGUACCUCACCAUUUGUAAGGAACAGGUUCCCCGACACCGGGGAUGCAGCCAGGGAUGCAGUGAACUGCUCAGGGGUCUACGAGCACGAGCCGUUGGAAAUCGGCAAGAGUCUGGAAAUCAGAAGACGCAAUAUCAUCGACCUGGAGGACGGUGAUGUCGCAGUGAUGACAAGUGACUGUGACAUCUAUCAGACCCUAAGACAGUACCACGAAAAGCCCGUUUCAAGAGUGGAGGAGGACUUCCCCAUAGCCUAUUCACUGGUUGUCCACAAAGAUGCCAUUAUGGUUGAACGGUUAAUCCGUGCUAUUUACAACCAGCACAACCUUUACUGUAUCCACUAUGACCUGAAGUCACCAGACGCAUUCAAAGCUGCCAUGAACAACUUGGCUAAGUGCUUCUCCAACAUCUUCAUCGCCUCCAAGUUAGAGGCCGUGGAGUAUGCCCACAUUUCCAGGCUCCAGGCUGACUGGAAUUGCUUAUCAGACCUUCUCAAGUCCUCCGUUCAGUGGAAGUACGUCAUCAACCUAUGUGGGCAAGACUUUCCCCUAAAGUCAAAUUUUGAACUAGUGACAGAGCUGAAAAAACUCCGAGGAAGGAAUAUGUUAGAGACGGUGCGACCUCCCACAGGUAAGAUGGAGAGGUUCACCUAUCACCACGAACUCAGACAGGUGCCUUAUGAGUACAUGAAGCUGCCAGUAAAGACCAACGUCUCCAAGGGGGCACCCCCUCAUGACAUUGAGGUCUUUGUGGGCAGUGCCUAUUUUGUUUUAAGUCAAGCAUUUGUUAAAUAUAUUUUCAACAGCUCCCUCGUCAAAGACUUUUUUGCCUGGUCUAAAGAUACAUACUCUCCCGAUGAACACUUUUGGGCCACCCUAAUCCGGAUACCAGGAAUCCCGGGAGGAAUUUCCAGAUCGUCCCAGGAUGUGUCUGACCUGCAGAGUAAGACCCGCCUGGUCAAAUGGAAUUACUACGAAGGCUUUUUCUACCCCAAUUGCACUGGCUCUCACCUUCGAAGUGUGUGCAUUUACGGAGCUGCAGAAUUACGGUGGCUCAUAAAGGAAGGGCAUUGGUUUGCUAAUAAGUUUGAUUCUAAGGUAGACCCUGUCCUGAUUAAGUGUCUGGCAGAGAAACUUGAAGAGCAACAGAGAAAGUUGAUUGCUUUGUCUUCAGAGAAGUCCAUUACAGAGGGAAACCCCAAAGCCACACAUAAGAUCACUACAGGCCUGAGGGCGUCUGAUACAGAGAGUUAAGCGAGAUGGAAUUACGCACCCCCAUGCCUUGCCCAACAGCAUCUGAACUUAAUAGUUUCCAAGGUUGAAACUUCUACAGGUUUCCAUGCCUGGACUUCUAGCCCACGGCUGGCUGGUGUUUAAGUGCUGGAUACGCUUGCUGUCUUUCUAAGUCAGAGCUGUUAACUGUCCAGUGAUAGCACAUCUGUUGAACACCUAACAGUGCACCAGGCACUUUAUCGAAAGACACACAGGAAUUAAAUCUAAGAUGCAAUGACGUGUGCCCUUGGGAAGCAGCAUUUACCCUUCUAAUGUGGCAACUAUCGUGUUUUGAGUUUCUUCUUGUUUCCGUGUAAUGAGGGUGCUAAUCAUACAAGCCACUCCCUCAGAAAAGCGUGCGAGUAUGAAGCCAGCCCUCCCCUUUUCUCAGUUCAGCAACUGAGAUGUUUUUGAAUUGUUAGAAUAUUAGGAGGAGGGAUUACACUACCUCAGAGAAGCUCAAGGGUUGUCGGAUCACCUGCUUGCCAAAGUAUAAUUUACCUUUGGGUGCCUGCCUCACUUUUCUGAUUCAGGGCAGAGGGAAUGUGGUCGGUGUGAUGUUUGUAGGGUAUGAUUGUCUGAGAAGGCAGAGGGGGCUGGUGGGUGGACUGGACCGAGUAAUGCCUGAAGAGGACCACCCAGCUGUAAUCAGCUUCGCAUUCCGAAGAGGACCACCCAGCUGUAAUCAGCUUCGCAUUCCUUACACAGUGGUGCCAUGAACGGCUUUCCUUUUCAUUCACUUGUUUCUUUAAAACACAGGUACUGAUAAGGAUAAAUAGUUCAGAGCCCCAGGCCUGUGUCUGUUAUUUCCUAAGAUAACAUUAUAGAUACAAUUGUAUCCUUGCCACAGUGGAACACUUCUGACAGGGUUCAUAGUUCUGCUCUAUGUAACCACCAAGUCAGUAAGCUUUCUUAGAAGAGUUAUUGUGAAAUAUGACAGCUUUCUCAGUUGGUUAUUGUGGUCACUUACACGUUUUCCUUUUUUAAACAAAAUGGAAUCAAAAUUCAAAAUAAUUAACACUCCGAGUUAGUGCAUCAUUUUUCUCAACUGAGCACCAAAAGGAAUAUUAUUACCCUUAUUUUACAUAUACCCACACUUAGAAUCGUUUCGCAUCCCCACACACGUACGCACGCAUAAACACAUGCACACAGAUGGGGGAGGGGCACAGCAGACUGAGACUGACUGUAUUGUGUAUUGUGCUGCUGAGCCAGAGCCCUGAGAACAGGCUGCAACAUUACACCAGUCUCUGUGGACACAUGUAAAACCUCACUGUGUUUUGAUUCAGCCCCCAAUAACUACUUAAUUAUGUAGUAAUCAAGGCCAAGAUCAGAUUAUUUGAAAGGCUAAAGUACGAAAAUAUCAUUUUACAUUUCCGCGCUCUGCAUGUGCCGCUCUCUUGGUGUAUUUAUUGCUUUGUAGCACUGACUGCCCCGUGGCCCCAUUUUUGCUCCAUUUCUUUAACUCACCUUGCCCCUCUUUGAUACCCUUUGGAUUCUUUUGUUCCCUGGAAAGGGGCUGGUACCAAGUCUCUGUCCUUAGAUGGUAAGCUAUAGAGGGACUGGAGGGUGGCUCAGCAGUGAACACGUGCUGCUCUUAUGGAGGACCCAAGUUCUGUUCCCAGCACCCAUACCAGGUGGCUCCCAGCUGCCUGUAACUCCAGCUGUAGGGAAUCAGCGCCACCUUCUAGCCUCCAGUGGCACCUACACCCAUCUGUGUAUACACACGCACAUGCACACUCACGCAUACACAUACCUGCACACAGAUACAUUACAAGUAUUUGAGGAGUUUGAGUCUCACAGAGACACUGCCCAGGUCUAUCAGUGGGUGAGACCUAAAGAAACCAUCUCCUCACUCUCCGUGGGCGUCUGUUCUCUGUGCACUGAGCACAUGGAUGCAAGUUGUGGUUUCCUCAGAAGCGUUUACGAGAUUCAGUGUCACAUGAAGCGGAGAGAAAUUUUGAAAUCUCAGUUUGGUGAGAGUAUAAAGUAAGCAGAGGUCCCAAGUCCGUCGUGAGACUUAAAGACGAGCACUGGAAACACAACAAGAGGCCACAGUCACAGGGGAAGCUCUGCCACCAGAUUCCGGUCUGAGAAAAAGCCCUGUCAUGGCAUUUGGAGCUUCUUCCACAGCCAACAGCGUACUGGCAUGCUGGUCGAAUGGUUAUGUGGGAAUGAGGAUUAAAGAAACAUUGGUAACCAUACAGGGUCAAACUCACGAGGUCUUGCUUUUUUGGUUUUUUUUUUUUAACUAUGACUUCAGCCAUCAAACAGAGGGUAAGGGCGGCAUGCAGUUAGCAUCUACCUGAUCUACCUGGUCCUCUGUCUUUCUGGAGAGAAAGGACCCUGUUCUCUGUUCUUUAGGGAUUGUCUCAAGUUCGUGCAUGGUGCCAUGCUAUUUUCAAGUGGACGAUGGGCAGACCAAGUGGCAUGCAUUCCUUCCCCGCGGACACGUUCUCCGGACUCAGAAACGUCAGCUGCUUGUAUUUGGGGGAGCUUGCCAAAGCACUGGCUCUCGUCUUGGGAAUCCUGCGGGUUCCUGCUUAGUCUUCAGAAAUGAUUCUGGCAAAAAACCGCUUGCUAUGAGCCCCUCCCCAGUCUCAGAACGUACAACACUGUUUUAUAAUUGUUCUUUGUAUAGUAUUUAUUGAAUUAAGACUCUAAUUUACUUAAAGGUGAGAGUCUAUAAAUUAUAUGUGAAUAUUAGAAGGAAAAUGAAAGCUGUCAAAAUAUAUUAUGUGAGCAGUCUACUGUACCGUAGACGCUGUGUGUAUCGAAAAGCCAGUACUGGUAUUUGUUUUGUUUUAUUUUGCUUAUUUUAAAUCAACUCGUUGAAAGUUAAAACAUUUUAGGGCUAGAAAGAUGCCUUAGCAGUUAAGAGCACUGGCCACUCUUCCAGAGGAUUCAGGUUCAAUUCCCAGAGCCCUCGUGGCAGCUCACAAGUAUCUGUAACUCCAGUCUGCGGGGAUCUGACAUCCUUCCUUUUCUGGCACAGGUACACACCUUGUAGACAGACAGACAGACAUGCAGGCAAAACACUCACACACAGAAAAUUAGUUGAAAGUUAAAGCUGUCCCUUGGCUUCCAGAAUGUGAACACACACGGGCUUGCGUGUGUAAUGUAGAGUGGGUGUAGCAAGUAUAUUCACAUUGUUUCUGUCAAUGGUGUCUUCAGGUUUUCCUUGUCCCUCUCUAUGGCUCUUUCAUUGUGUCAUCCUCAUCCCUUACCAUUUCAGUAACAAAUUUCCCACAUAUGGAUUUUAAAUAGUGAUUUAUUGUUUAAAUUAUGUUAGUUCUCUGGCAUCGCAAAAUAAAAUGUGCUCCUCAAAUCAAA